AUGGCGAACGAUAGUUGGAAGAUGUGGCGGCCGCUUAUCUACACACGAUCGAUCGAUCGCACCGGUGAAAAGAACAGCAAGUAUUUACCCACCGGAGGUAAAAUUAUCUUGAUUCUAAGCAGAUGUGUACCACCGGACAUCUCCGAGGAAACUUUACUGUUAGGUGGAGAAUACAAUGAUUUUCUUAGACGAGCACUCUUUAAUAUUAAGCCAGUCAAUCUAAUAGCGGAGUCGAAAUAUAGCGCUCUUGACAAUUUCGUCCGGACGAGAUAUUCUUACAAUUACUAUUUAAAUUAUCGCUUCAUCCAUUUCCUCCGAAAAGCGCACCGUUUCAUAUUGGUGACGUCCUCGCAGUCGCACCUGCGAUCUAUUCUGCAGAGAACAAAAGACUCGCCGUGGGCGAACGCGGACGGAUUUUACAUCCUGAUCGACAGGCAGACCGCAAAGCGAGGCUGUAUAAACGCCCGGUCGUACCUCUGGACGGCUUGGGAAUACGAUUUGCUUUCUGUCGUGUUCAUAUGCAUCGAUCCGGACGACGGGAUCGUCCAUUACACGUUCAAUCCGUUUUCGAGCCACAUGACGAAAAACUGGCACGAGGUGGACAGACUCAAAGGACGAUAUGACCAUCCUUGGAUAAUGUUCAAGAAAACAUUCGUACGCGAUGACGACAUGUGCAAGGACCUGGACUUCGACAAAGUGGCGAAUCUGAACGGCUACGUGAUUCGAUUGAACGCGGUUUCGAUGGCGCCGUUCUUGAAAAUCAAUCCGACCAAGGAAGGCCUGGAUAAAUUCUCCGGUGAAAACGCCGAGGUCAUCAAGACGCUUUUUCGCAAGCUGAAAGCGUCCCCCUAUAUCGAUAUUUACAACGGCACCACCUACGAUCUCGGCGGUAUAAAGCCCAAUGGCACUUUGUUCGGGAUGUUGACCAGCGUGGGCGAUGGGCAGGUAGACAUGGGCAUGAAUACGAGAUCCUUGUUGGUACUGUGGAAGUUCAGGUACACUUACCCUCACACAAGGUCGGGUCUUUGCGUGAUAUCGCAGCCGAAUCAACAAAUUUCGGAGUUCACCAAACUAAUGACGUUUCUGAAGCCGCCGGUGAUGGCGGGGGUCUUCGUAAUCUGUCUGCUUACCUACGCGAUUUUCACAUGGAACGAGGGUUACGGCGAGGCCGCGCUUGAGUUGUUAAGGCUCCUGAUCUGCGUGGCAAUUUUGCACCCGCCGAGAAUCAAUUCCGUCCGGAUUUUCUUGUGUACGGUGUUCAUUCUGUUCCUGAACGUGAACUCCUUGUUCCAAAGUCGCUGGUCGUCCCUGCUCACCGUACCGGUCUUUUACAGCACCGUCGACAGCUUGGAUAGUAUUAAGAAACACGAAUACAAGAUAUACGGGCCGGACAUUCUGAAAGACUUUUUGAGCGACAACGUGCUCCAGUCGCGCUACGUCGCGGUGAGCAACAACCACGUGUGCAAACAUUUCGUGAAGAAUUCGACGGACGCCGUGUGCGCCGGCGAUUGCUAUCAUUUGUACUACAGGAUCCGCAACGACGAUCUGUACAAGUCGAAGAACUUGCGCGACAUGACGCUGGCGUACGUCACUCGCGAGAACUGGCCGUUGUUCAGACCAGUGAACAACGCUAUCCAGCAGAUGGUGCAGUGCGGCUUGAUCGGCAAGUUUCGACGAGACGGGCUCAGAAAGAUCAAGAGAGAAAGGAUGAGGAGAAGAACGAAGACGAAGAAGAGCUACAAUGUGAUGCUGCUGUCGCAGCUUGCUUUCAGCUUCUACAUCCUCGGUAUUGGAUACACCUGCGCCACCAUAGUCUUCGCAGUGGAGCUGUUGCUCGGCACACCAGUCGAGAGUUACCAUUUCCACGUGAAGAUUUCGAUGACAUUAGCACGAUGGAAGUUUAUUCUCUUUUCAACGGUUGUGAAAUAUUCAUACCAGUCUUUAACGUACGCGCCCGCUAAACUCACGGAAAAGGAUAUUAUGCUCGGAAGACUGGACACGAUAUUAAGCAACUGCUUGGCUGACGAAAUGAAUUACAUCGGUCUCCUCGGAGACGCCGAAAUCCCCGGAAGUUGGUCCUCCGGCUUUAUGAAAACCACCCCGACGAUCAGACUGAGAAUUCCCGUCGCGAGUCUCGACAAGCCGUUUUAUUCGUGGAGCACACACCACGACUGUUCCGCCCGAUACGACAAACUGCACGCGUUCGUCUUGUUUAUUUCGUCCCCAUCGAGCCUGAGACGUGUGGUCGAGAGAUUAAUGGGAUCGGUAUGGUGGAAUCCUUGGGCGUUUCACGCUAUCAUCCACACGAGGGAGAACACCUGCCGGCAGCCGGAAGCUUAUUUGUCGGCCGCCUGGAACUCGGAUCUCGAAUCGAGCGUGUUCUUCUGCGUCGAUCCCGACGAAGGCCACGUGGCGUACACUUACAAUCGCUAUGGAAAUCCAGCGCCCAGGAUCUGGUACACGGUCGAGUCUUCCGUCGACGAGGAGAAUCGUACCUGGGACGUGUUGAAGCACAAACUUCAAAGUACGGACAGCACAGCCUGCGAGGAUCUACAUUUCAACAAGAAGAUUAAAGUAGGCGGCUACGGAAUCAAGUUGGUGGGUGUUAUCUCUCCUCCGAAUCUCUCUUUCGACCCUCAGAAAAAGGGCUUGGCGAAGUACGGAGGCCUGAACGGUUUUAUUCUGAAUACGCUGAUAACCAAGAUGAACGCUACUAUGUCGGUGAGGAUGCUCGACAACAAAACUAGGAUUCACACGUUGCUACGAAACGUGACAGCCAACGAAUACGACAUGUUGAUGAACGCGCAAUACAUCUUCGACAAGCGGAAUUAUACAAUGACCUAUCCUCAUGUGGAUUCAGGAAUAAGUACGCUCAGUAGACCGAGCGGUUUCGACUCCAACGAAAUGAAGAUCCUGAAAUUCAUGAACCCACGGCUGAUAGCCGGCAUCCUGCUAGCCUCCAUCCUCACCGUGCUCGUCCUCGGUAUAUUGGCCGGUCUAGGAUUAAGCUCGGCUUGUCUCGAAGUCGUACGGAUCAUGGUCAACUCGUCCGUCCUACGUUUCCCCCAACGGGCACCGUUGAGAAUCUACCUGAUCACGGUGAUCCUCCUGUUUCUGAUCACCGGCUCGACCUUCCAGAGCAGCCUGUCGUCCAUACUGACCUCGUCCACGUCGAAACCCGAUAUCGACAGCAACACUGCGCUCAAGAGAGCCGGCUAUCCCAUCUACGCGUUCGCCGGCUACAGGGACGCAAUCCCCGACCCGGUGCUGCGAUUGCGCGUCAGGGAAACUGACAGACGGGAUUGCAGUGGAUACGUGAUCGAGUAUCCCGACACGGUGUGCGUGGCAGAUCGCUCGAGGCUGAUGAGGAUCGCCUUCAAGAACGAGCUGCACAUCUCGAAGCACCGGAUAACCAAUCUGUACAUGGGCUACGUGACGCGUCCUAAUUUUCCGCUGGCCAUGAGGAUCGGCAGGGUACUGAUGUCGAUGUCUCAGGGCGGUUUGAUCAGUCACUGGCAGGAGCGGACGGUGGCCGUGUACAAAAACCGGUGGGCCAUGAAGGCGUACGAGAUGAAGACGAAGCGGUAUCGCACGAUGAACACGAGCGACUUGCUGUUCGCCUUUUACGUAUUGUUUCUCGGACUUGGCGUCUCCGUCGUGAUGUUUCUGGCGGAGUUGUCGGUCGUGCUCUGGAGAAGAUAA